AUGACGAUGAAACUGCGAAAACGUGAACGCUACAGAUUAAAGCACAACCUAGAUGAGUUGGACGAAGUUUACCAUAAACUGAACAAAUUGGUUGGUGAGAACAAGAAACACAAUUUGCUGUACAUUGCUGGAAACUUCAACGCCAAAGUAGGACGCCCGACCGGAUACACAUGCAUCGGACGGUUUUCCAGGGGACGGAAAAACAACAGCGCCACAACUCUUCUAGAAUUCUGCGAGACGACCCAACUCUUCAUCGCAAACACCGGCUUUCAACAUUGCGCUAGCCAAAUCACGACGUGGGAAUCGAGAAUCAGAAUUAAUGGGAAACUAAUAACAUUGUUCAAUCAGAUUGACUACAUAGCCUACUUCAUGGUUGAGAAACCAAAUUUGACGAAUGCGAGAAGCUACAGCGGAACGAUAACAGACUCUAAUCACCGUCUGAAGCAAAGAGAUCUAAGACUGAAAAUCAAGGAGGCUACGGAGGAGGACAAGAUUAGAAGGCUCAGAAGCAAACGAAGUCAGAUCCUCACCGAAAUUCAUGCCCAAGUGAAGAAAGCGAAACAGGACAGCCUCGACUUGCUAUUGACUGAAGUUGAAAUCACACAUGACAAUGCGAAGAUGUUUAAAUCUGUGAAAAUUUUGUUUCGAGGGAAGCGGCAAAACCCAAAGAUGAAGGAUGGCAACAAUCACACUAUAAAAUCACCGGAGGAGGGAUACGACAGCAUCAAAGAUUUUUUCUAA